AAGCCAAAAGCACUGUUGUGGUGUGGCAUUUGGAAGAAAGCACGCGAACGUCGAAAUCAACCUCGCUGAGGCUAAACCCAGCUACAGCAGGAUUAGUUCAUUAAUAAUGCAUGCGUUGUCUUGACAAGUUCAGCAUGGGUUAAGAAAGGCGGAGUUAGCAAAUCGUGAAGAAAUGCCAAUGCAACAUUUUAUAUUCAGUGAAUGGACACGAGGUCCCUGUAAUAAAUAGACUAAAAAGACAGAAAUGUAUUUAGUGGAGGAACUAAGUGGUGGUGGAGAUGCGGAAUAAACGAUUUAGACAGUGAUGCCUAGUACGCGGCGUCUGCGGAACGAACUACAGUAUUUUGCUUAUCUUUGAAAGUUGCUUGAACUACAAUAUCACAUCUUUCUGCAGUGAAUCGAAAUGACCGCAACACUGUGUUUGAAGAUGCGUUGCAAGAGGAGACCUGUGAUUGCUGUCAGCUUCCUCUUUGCUCUGUCUGUGAUGAUGAUAAAUAGCUUUCCGUCCUUUCCUCCUGCCUACUACAGUCUGCAGGAGUUGGAGCCACGUGAAGACUCCAUCAGGCGCAUGGGAAACGAGAGGAAACGAGCUGUCAUCACUCCCAUCCAUGGAGACUGGACACUUGGAAUGAGGGAAGAGCCGAUAAAGUACUUUAUUGACGAGAAACUGGAGCACAAGCCAAAGAAUGACCAGAGGGCUCACCCCAGAGGGCUUUUGAGGAACACCUCAAAAACUACCUCAAAAGCAAAAAGGAAAACUCAGGUAUAUACUUCAAAGGCCAGAGAAGAAAGGCAUCUCCAUCUAUCUGCACUGGAUGCAGGGGGCAUACCCAGUAACCGCCAAUUACAAAGGAAGGAAGGUGACAAGAAGGACAUAGUGUCCAUUCAGAUGCCUCCAAUUGGUGGGGGCUUGCAAAGUUCACUGAAGCUUAAACUAAUAUUCACUGCAAAGAACCAAACUAACAUUGGAGAGCCGUUACAGAGCAAAUACAAACCAGAUGCGCAGGGCAUCACUGGUGGUGCAAAGAGGUUUGUAGUCCCUCUGGCAGCUGGAGCAAAGCUGCCUGCUAAAGAUAUUAGAAAACAUGAAAGAGAACCCAGACCUUCAACAUCUUUGGAUAGGAAGAGGCUCCCUUUGCUAGGUCAGUGGAAGGACGGAUCCAGAGCUGCAUCAGAGGCUGCUAGACAGACAAAGUUUGCUUUGUGUGGAAAGCUUGCAGAAGACCAGUUCCCACAAGAUCUGAAAGGGAGUGUCAGGUUUGGAGAACAGCCACCACCGUGGUUCAGUCCAGAAGAUGUAAGAAAGAUGAAGCUACUUGCAGAUGGUGUGGUUAUCAGUAAAGCAAGGGUGCCAUCCCAUGGACAAGUAAUGAAGGUGGGCCUUAGCCGGAGCACUUCCCCUGAGCCUGAAGACCUAGAACGCCGCUGCCAGGAUGGCCUCUGUGCUCUGAUCAAGCGUCCAGAGGACUGGUUUGAAGUCUUCGCCUUCCACUUGGACAGAGUUCUGGGGCUGAACAGGAGCCUGCCAUCCGUGACAAGGAAAUUCCACAGCGAAAUUCUCCCAUACAAGUUUACGAGAGGUCCAGCCAGGCCCAUGGUCUGGUGGGACCCGGACAUUCAGCAUUUAUCCGAUGAUAAUAGUGACCAGAACUCCUUCCCGCUCACUUGGCUGCAGUAUCAAGCUGUGCUCAAGCAGAGGUGUGGUGUGAAAGAGUCUUCCCUGGAGUCUUCAGUACCUUGUGUGGGUGUCCGACACUCCGAGUGGGGCAAGCUUGCCUUCUUUGAUUUCCUGCUGCAGGUCAAUGAUCGUCUAGACCGCUACUGCUGUGGAUUCAAGCCUGACCCCUCCGAAUCCUGUGUAGAGGAAAUGCUCCACGAAAAGUGUAGAAACCCAAAAGGACAAGUACUGGUGCACAUUUUGGUUAGGAAGGAGGACCCCACACGACUGGUGUUCAUUGACAAUGCUGGCAGGCCUCACCAUCCUGAAGACAACCUCAACUUCAGGCUGUUGGAAGGUAUUGAUGAGGUUCCUGAGACUGCCGUAUCUGUUCUCAAGUCAGGGUGCCUACAGAUCAUGCUUCUACGGUCCCUGUACACAGACAGGGAAUUCUGGGAGAACCAGGGCAGACUUCCAGGGUUGAAACAACUUAUUCACAACAUAGAGAGAAGAGGGAAGAUUCUGCUCCAGUACAUUCAGGAUAAAAAGUUAAAACUCCACAGAGACAAUUAGAAAGUACUGGGUGGUAAAAGCAGGUGAUGAAGGAUACAGGUUUUACUGUAUCAAACCAAACGUGUCUUUAGUUUGGUUCAACAGGGUCAUUUAUCACAAAACAAUCUGUCCAAAUGACUACAGUUUUGCAGGUUAUUACUUUUUAAUUUCACUUGACAAAUGCAUAUUUAAAAAUUGCUGACUGUUUUUUAAUUGAAAACAAAAAUGUUAAUGGAUGAAAAGUCAGUGGAGUGCACCCAAAUAGCUUAUUGUGGUCUUGCUUCCAGUCAAGGAUCAAAUGAGAAAGUGCAGGGACUCAUACCUCACUGUUGUAGGACGUAUCGUAAUAGCAGUUGUUAGUGGUUCUCACUUAGUAUUUUCUACCAGUAUCACUAUUUGAACCACACAAGUCUUAUCUUUGAGGCUGUAUAUGUAACACAGACUGCAAAUAAACGAAAAGGUAAUUUAAGAAAAUAAACAUCUGUGUAAGUAUUCCUAAUUUUGACAUGUUGUUUAACUUGUUGUAUGUGUAUUGGUAGUUGACUGUAGUGUGAGCCCUGAAGCUGGUCUGGGUUAAAAGAUUUAAAGAGAUGCAGUUUGCACUGUAUAACCUUAGUACUCAUUUCAGGCCAAAUGUGUUUAUUAUGAUGCCACACUGGCUAAUUAAUUCCUGCUGGAAGGGAAAAAGAAACUUAAUUAGAAUUGCUGCUUCUAUCCCUAAAAAGCAGAACAUACAAAUGUGCAGUGCAUGUACAUACACCAGUGGUGUGUGUGUAUUUUAAGGACUUUUGCUGGCUUUUCAACCAGCACAAAAAGGUUACACCACAGUGAGAAUGUUAAAUAACAGACUUCCAGUUUCUAAGAUCAUGUUAUUGUAGGUGGAAUGGCCUGUUUUUUAUUGUGUAGGUUUGUUGUAGCAAACUAAGAUUACAAUUUUGUACUUCUUCCACCAAAUAUAUAUUAAUAGCUUUCUCAUAUCUCAUACAUGUUCGACUGCCCUAUUAACAUUUUAUGAUAUUUUUAAAUGUAAUGUAAUGCAUUUGAAAAAAAGUACUAACAUGACAACAUCCUUAUGACUGGUUCAUAUUUGGGAAGCAUAUCUUAAAUGGCUUGUAAAUUGUGUCUAUUACUAUGUAAUGUCCAUUUCGCUAAAAACUUUUUUUUUGUAAUAUUUGUAUCAAUUUGAAAUAAAUAAAUAAUAACAUGGCAAA